AUGACGUAUGGAGUUGCUCUGAAUGAUCUAAACCUCGCACUCUCUCUCUCUGUUCUCUCUCAUCUUUCUCUUGCGAUUUAGAGAGAGAAAAGAACUCAAAAUUCGAGGUGGGUUUUGAGUCUGUGAAAUUUUUAUAGGGAAAUAAAAUUGUGUCGUAGUGGUAACUUGGUUCAGCGACUCAGAUGGGAAGUAAAAAAGAUUCAUUAAUUUAUCGUUUAAGAGGUUCAAAUUUUGUGUUGGGCUGGGUAAAUAUCAGUUCUUCUAAAAUGUUGUAAAUUGAUGAGUUAGGGGUAGGGUUUAUUUUGCUUUAGAUACAGUGUUAUUUGAAGGUUUCUAAUCGGUAGGUAGUACUGAAACAACGUAGGGUUUAUAGGGUUUUGCUUUUUUAGUUUACUGGUCGUUUAUUUGAUUUUGAAGGUUUUAAUAUGCUGUUUGAUUUGGGAUUGGAGUUGGAUGUGUAGUUUUUUAGCUGUUUGUUUAUGACAAGUACUAUUUAUUUUUGUUGUUAGGUAAAAUUCUACGGAAUUGGUGCGGUUGAGAUGAUCUUUAGGUUUUGGUUUGUGAUUUAGAAGUUUCUGGGUAUUCGUCAGUUAUUGUCGGUUUUGUUGAAGUGGUUUAAGGUUUCCUUGCGAUUUUUUUCCCUGGUUGUGAGAAUUAAGGUUGUGGUGAUGAUGGUGGUGACUUAUGGGUAGUGGAACAGGGAAGAUUGUUGCAAAGGAUGAUAAAAGUGUGACGGUUAGGAUGCCAAGCUACGUUCCUCAGAUGCCCAUUACCAAUCCCAUUGUUGCAGAGGAGACUGCUACUCAUUCUUCUCAAAUGUCUGACUUUGGGGCGCUCGAGCAAUCUCUUGGAUUUCGCAUAGGAGAGGCUGCUAAUAGUAGAUACCCCAUAUCAAAUCCAACAAAUUCAAGUAGCCAAGCAGUAGGCUCUGACUUCCAAUUUGGAGCAUUUAAUAAGUCACUCGCUUCCUUCAACGUGCAUUUAUCUGCUGCUCUUGCUGGGUCUCAGACAGUACAGUUACAAAAGGGACCGCAGCCAAAUCUGGUUUCUGUAUCUGGUGGUCAUCUUGAGAACUGGGGAGAGUCCAAUAUGGCAGAUGCUAGUCCUCGAACUGAUACCUCCACAGACGUGGAUGCAGAUGAUAAAAAUAAAAAGUUUGAAAGGGGCCAAUCUACUGCUGUUGUAGCAUCUGAUUCAAGUGACAGAUCAAAAGAAAAAACAGGAGAUCAGAAGACCUUACGAAGGCUUGCUCAAAAUCGUGAAGCUGCCAGGAAGAGCCGAUUGAGAAAAAAGGCCUAUGUGCAACAACUGGAGAGUAGUCGACUGAAGCUUACCCAACUUGAGCAGGAGGUCCAACGUGCCCGCCAGCAGGGCAUAUUCGUGUCAAGCUCAGGAGAUCAAUCUCACACAAUGACUGGAAAUGGGGCCUUGGCAUUUGACGUAGAAUAUACACGGUGGUGGGAAGAGCAUAACAGACUGAUAAGUGAACUUAGGGGGGCGGUCAAUUCACAUGCAAGUGACACUGAACUUCGCAGUAGAGUGGACAAUGUGACGGCACAUUAUGAUGAGAUUUUCAAGCUUAAAGGUAUUGCAGCCAAGGCUGAUGUCUUUUACAUCUUGUCAGGAAUGUGGAAAACGCCUGCAGAACGGUGUUUCAUGUGGAUUGGUGGCUUCCGCUCAUCUGAACUCUUAAAGCUUCUUGUGAAUCAAUUGGAGCCUCUAACUGAGCAACAGUUAGUGGGCAUGUACAACUUGCAGCAAUCAUCACAACAGGCAGAAGACGCUCUGACUCAAGGGAUGGAGGCAUUGCAGCAAUCUCUAUCUGAGACAUUAGCCAAUGGCUCUCCUGGCACAUCAGGGUCAUCCGGAAAUGUGGCAAAUUACAUGGGUCAAAUGGCAAUGGCCAUGGGAAAGUUGGGAACUCUCGAAGGUUUCCUCCACCAGGCUGAUAAUUUACGACAACAAACACUACAACAAAUGCACCGUAUAUUGACAACCAGACAGUCAGCUCGCGCCCUUCUUGCGAUAAAUGACUAUUUCUCCCGGCUUCGAGCUCUCAGUUCUCUUUGGCUUGCCCGGCCACGGGAGUAAAAAGAUAUAGAUACCACUUUAUGAAUUCAUCAUGAUAAUUGGCUAUAUUUUUAGUGGAUCAGAACGGUAACAACAUGCUUCAAAUCGUUGCUGGUGCAAUACCAUUCGUUGGGUUGAUUGGGUACAAUGACAGUGCUCCAUGAGCCAUCACAUCUCUAUGGUGCAGGAAGGUUAUGUUGUAUCUAUGCCCCAAAGAUGCAUGUGCAAAUUACAUAUGUUUGAUAGGUAGUGUAUGUUAGGUAUUUUUUUUUUUUAAAGGUAAAAGUAAUCACGUCUGAUAGGAGGUGUUUGUUAGUUUCUUGUGUUCAAAGCAAUAGGUUGUUGUAUGUUAAUUUAUUAUGUUGAGGGUAAUCACAAAUGUCCACUAGGUGUUGUAUGCUAAGAUCUUACUUUCAAAGCAAUAUUGUACCAAAUAAUACGUGUAUGUUGAUAUUUAUUAGAAUGAAAAAAGAAAUAAAGUGGUAAAAGUUACAAUUUUAAAA